UAUAUAAAUAAAAUAGAGAGACAGAGGCACAAGUUACUUUUCAUAGAAUAUAAACAAACUUUUCGAGAUAAUAUAUACAUAUAUACCAAUAGACGUUCCGAGACCAUUGGAAAAAUGCACCAUCAAUACUGCAGGCGUAAUGAAAUUAAUUUUCUAACGGACCGUCUGACCCUACCCCUGUUCCUAGCCACCCGCGUCAGCUCGAAGAAAAGUUAUGAAUACAGAACAAGAACUGAGGAAAUCAUCCAGAAAAUGUGUGAAGAAGAAAAGCGACUGAAUACGAAAAUGCGAAGCGUUUAUGAAAAACGCAUUGGAAUAUAUGCAGAAAACCCAAGACCCUGCAUAAACUUGCGACACAUCAAGCUGGUGCGCGACCACAGUGAUACCAAAUAUUUUCAUUUACCACCGAAUAUCUACGAAACCGACAAAAUACCAUUUGAGAAACGACGCGGGUUAGGCGGCGCUUACUGGCAUAGAUCGUCUACGAACAAGUUGUCCUUAGGUAAUGCACAAGUCACAAACUGGCAGUUCUAUAAUAUACCGCGUGAUAGCGAUCGCUUCACGAAUCGACAUAAUCAUUACAAAGGCAAAUUUCGGACAAUGACACCGAAAGGUCGCGGCACAAAAUGGAAUUCACAGAGCGAUCUCGCCGAAAAGCAAAGCGAUCUGGCAAAGGACUCCCAACUAAACCGUCUUAAUCUAAAUUGGGAUUUAACAUCUCAACAUUACAAUCUCCGAACAAAUGCAGCUAAACCAAAUCCACAUGUAUUUUUACAAAAUUCCUGUGUACCAGAAAAACGAAUGAGCUAUAUACCGCGUCAUCAAAGCUUUCAACCUGCUGUUGGUCGUUACGAAAUUGCAAUGGAAGCCGCCAUUCAACCCGUCAUCCAACCCGCUAUCAAACGCGUUCCCUACGUGUCGAUCAAAAAGAAACUCAGCCAUUCACAAAGCAUUCCAAAAAUUGUAACUGGCGGUGUACGACGACGUCUUCUUCACUGGAUGCUGGAUGCAGCAACGCUCACGCAAGCAAAACUGUUUGAUCUUGAUGACCUGGAAGAGCCGCAGCUUAGAAGAGCAUCGACCUCAAGACAUGCACAAAAAGUAAUGCCGAUGAAAGUAGCAAAUAUUCGAUUUAACUCAAUUAUUGCGGAGCCGAGGAUGAAAAUCAAUGUUGGAAGUUCUAAACAACCAGCUCCGCGUGCAUCUGCAGCCAGCAAACAGUUUCAGUUAAGCCGCAAGGAAGCGGCUGUGCAAAAACAGUUUGUCGCUAAAAGGGAGUACAAGCGUAACUUCAAAUUUCGGCCACUUCCCUCGCCGAAAGUCUUGGCUACAAAGACAGAGAUCUUCGCAAAUAUAUAUUCUUGCGAUACGCCGUGCUUUUAUUUUAGAAAGCUUGAUAUCAAUAAGUUUCUGAAAAAGUCAACUGCAAAUAAAACUCAAACUAAAUGUUAA